GGCGCGCGCAGCGACAUGGAGGACGGCGUGCUCAAGGAGGGUUUCCUCGUCAAGAGGGGUCACAUUGUCCACAACUGGAAAGCACGAUGGUUCAUCCUCCGGCAGAACACGCUGCUGUACUACAAGCUCCAGGGGGGUCGGAAGGUGACCCCUCCCAAGGGCCGGAUCCUUCUGGAUGGCUGCACCAUCACCUGCCCCUGCCUGGAGUAUGAAAACCGACCCCUUCUCAUUAAGUUGAAGACUCAAACAUCCACUGAGUACUUCCUGGCCUGUUCUCGAGAGGAGAGGGACGCCUGGGCCUUUGAGAUAACAGGAGAUCACGCUGGUCAGCCGUGGAAAGCACAACUCCACAUAUUGAAGAACUCCUUCAAGCUGCCCCCUCACAUCAGUCUGCAUCGCAUUGUGGACAAGAUGCACGACAGCAGCAGUGGAAUCGCGGCCAAGCCCCACAUGGAACAGGGAAGCACCUACAAAAAGACCUUCAUAGGCUCCGCCCUAGUGGACUGGCUCAUCUCCACAGCUUUUCCGCUAACGUCUGAGGCUGUGACCCUGGCCUCCAUGCUCAUGGAAGAGAAUUUCCUUAAGCCAGUAGGCGUCCGAAGCAUGGGAGCCAUUCGCUCUGGAGACCUGGCCGAGCAGUUCCUGGAUGACUCCACGGCCCUGUACACUUUCGCUGAGAGCUACAAGAAGAAGAUAAGCUCCAAGGAAGAAAUUAGCCUCAGCACUGUGGAGUUGAGUGGCACAGUGGUAAAACAAGGCUAUCUGGCCAAGCAGGGACACAAAAGGAAAAACUGGAAGGUGCGGCGCUUUGUUCUGAGGAAGGAUCCGGCUUUUCUGCAUUACUAUGACCCUUCCAAAGAAGAGAACCGGCCAGUGGGUGGGUUUUCUCUUCGUGGUUCCCUCGUGUCUGCUCUGGAGGAUAACGGCGUUCCCACUGGGGUUAAAGGAAAUGUCCAGGGGAAUCUCUUCAAAGUGAUUACCAAGGAUGACACACACUAUUACAUCCAGGCCAGCAGCAAGGCUGAGCGAGCUGAGUGGAUUGAAGCUAUCAAAAAGCUAACGUGACAAGGGAGCGUGUUCCUGAAGGAACAGGACAAGGUUUCCUCCCUCCUACUGGAUGGUACAGACAAGAUUUCCUGGAGAAUGGGUGUGUGCAGACUUAUAGCUUCUUUGUAUAUUUUGCACUGCUUUGCAGUGAGACUGGUGAUCCUUAGAUCACAAUCGGCAGUGGUGCUAUUUCCUUCCCCACCUUCCUGUUAACAGCCUGGAAAUGCUAGAACAACCAUUAGGCGUCAGCAUCUUGACUUUCACCCAUCUUCACAGCCAGCCAUUCCUCGGGCACCAAGGUAGGGUUCCCUGUUGUAACACUAACUAGCCACGUUGCAGUACUAAAUAAAAUGCUAAUAUCGUGUU